AUGACAGAUGUUAACUCCAGGUGUCCUCCGGUGGUGCCGCCGCGGGACGGGGGGAUCCGGUACCGGGGUCUGACGCCGGAGGCGGUGCGCGGCGCUCGCCGCCUGCCCUUCGACUACGAGAUCGAGGUCGUCUGUCGGCCGCAGCGCGAACUCACCGGGCCCAAAGUGCGCAAAUGCCAGCGCGACGGCACCUGGACCGGCGCCCACCGGCCCAGCAGAUGCCUGCGGCCGUGCCCGAAGGCGCAGCUGAGCCUGGAGAACGGGCGGGCGGUGGCCAUGGCCAUGGAGCGCGUCCCGGUGGAGGGCACGUGGGCCGAGUUCUCCUGCGAGCCCGGCUUCCGCCUGGUGGGCAGCGCCCGCUCCAACUGCACCAAACUGGGACGCUGGAGCUCCCCGAAGCCCCACUGCGAGCCCGUACGGCGACUGCUCUCAGCUGUGGUCCUCCUCCUCUUCAUCGUCGUCAUUGUCCUCCUCUUCAUCGUUGUCAUCGUCCUCCUCUUCGUCGUUGUCAUUGUCCUCCUCUUCGUCGUUGUCAUUGUCCUCCUCCUCUUCUUCCUCGCCGUGGUUCUCCUCCUCCUCCUCCAUCUCCUCCUGGUGGUGGCGGUUGUCCUCCUCGCGGCCGGUGGGACGCGAUGGCCGUCCUCCUUCCCUCCAUCGCAACCUCUUGACCCUUUGGGGAUGGCAUCUCCACCACCGUCGUCGUCGUUGUCGCCACCCCCCAAAGCCUUUGGGCGCCUCUUUGGGGUGAUGACGGCGUUGAGCGUUGUGGUGGGAUCUCACCCGACGUCGGGAACAGGGAAGAAGGCCGUCCACGUCGGAGCGCUCUUCCCCAUGAGCGGCGGUUGGCCGGGAGGACAGGCGUGUCCUCCCGCCGUCCGCAUGGCCCUGGAGGACAUCAACAGCCGGAGGGACAUCCUGCCCGACUACGAGCUACGGCUCAUCCACCACGACAGCAAGUGUGACCCCGGACAGGCCACCAAGUACCUCUAUGAGCUGCUCUACAACGACCCCAUCAAGAUCAUCCUCAUGCCGGGCUGCAGCAGUGUCUCCACUCUCGUGGCCGAAGCCGCGCGGAUGUGGAACCUCAUCGUGCUCUCGUACGGUUCGAGCUCUCCGGCGCUCUCCAACCGCCAGCGCUUCCCCACCUUCUUCCGCACUCACCCCUCGGCGACGCUGCACAACCCGACGCGAGUCCAACUCUUCAAGAAGUGGGGAUGGACCAAGAUCGCCACCAUCCAGCAGAGCACCGAGGUCUUCACCUCGACCCUCGAUGAUCUGGACCAACGCGUGAAGGAAGCCGGUUUGGAGAUCACCUUCCGGCAAAGCUUCUUCUCCGAUCCGGCCGCGCCCGUUCGUAACCUCAAGCGCCAGGACGCCCGGAUCAUCGUGGGCCUCUUCUACGAGACGGAGGCCAGAAAGGUCUUCUGCGAGGUGAGGCCGUCUACAAAGAGAAGCCUCUACGGGAAGAAGUACGUUUGGUUCCUCAUCGGUGGGUACGCGGACAAUUGGUUCCGCCUGAAGGACCGGCCAUCCUGCACCGAAGCGGAGAUGGCCGAGGCCGUGGAAGGUCACGUCACCACCGAGAUCGCAUGCUCAACCCCGGAACACAGCCCCAGCAUCUCCAACAUGACGUCCCAGGAGUUCAUUGCGAAGCUGCAGAAGCGCUUGGGGAAGAACCCGGAGGAGACCGGGGGCUUCCAGGAGGCGCCCUUGGCCUACGACGCCAUUUGGGCGUUGGCGUUGGCCCUCAACAAGACCUCCACGGAGCUCCUCAAGAAGGGCCUCCGCUUGGAGGACUUCAACUACAACAACAAGAACAUCACCGACGAGAUCUACAGAGCCCUCAACUCCUCGGCCUUCGAAGGCGUCUCGGGUCACGUUGUCUUCGACGCCAGCGGCUCCCGCAUGGCCUGGACCCUCAUCGAGCAGCUCCAAGGAGGGGUCUACAAGAAGAUCGGUUACUACGACAGCAAAGAUAACCUCUCGUGGUACAACAACGACAAAUGGAUCGGAGGUUCUCCACCCGCCGAUUACAAAGUCAUCACCACCUUUCGGUUCCUCUCCCAGACUUUUAUCUCCGUUUCGGUCUUGGCCUCCAUUGGGAUCCUCUUGGCCAUCAUCUGCUUGGCCCUCAACAUCUACAACGGCCACGUCCCCGGUCUUCUCCUGCGUAGGUACAUCCAGAACUCGCAGCCGUACCUCAACAAUAUGACGGCCGUCGGCUGCACUUUGGCGUUGGCCGCGGUCUUCCCUCUCGGCCUCGAUGGACACCACAUCCCACCCGGAAUGUUCCCCCUCGUCUGUCAGGGCCGUGUCUUUCUCUCAGGCUCGGCUGUGGCUCUGGCCAUGGGCUUCAGCCUCGCCUACGGCAGUAUGUUCACCAAGAUCUGGUGGGUCACACGGUCCUUCACCAAGAAGGAGGAGAAGAAGGAGAAGAAGAAGGUCGACCUUUGGAGCCGGUGGAAGCUCUACGCCACCGUAGGGCUUCUGGUGGGCUUGGACGUGGUCACCUUGAUGUUCUGGCACGUCGACCCCCUGCACCGCACCAUCGAGGAGUUCACGAAGGAGGAGCCCAAGACGGACACGGACGUCUCCCUUCUGCCCCAAUUGGAGCACUGCAGCUCCACCAAGAUGAACACGUGGCUCGGGAUCUUCUACGGCUUCAAAGGUCUUCUCCUCCUUCUCGGCAUCUUCUUGGCCUACGAAACCAAAAGCGUCUCCACCGAGAAGAUCAACGACCACCGAGCGGUGGGAAUGGCCAUCUACAACGUGGCGGUCCUUUGUCUCAUCACGGCGCCCGUCACGAUGAUCCUCAACAGCCAACAGGACGCGGCCUUCGCCUUCGCCUCGUUGGCCGUCGUCUUCUCCUCCUACAUCACCCUGGUGGUCCUCUUCGUCCCGAAGAUGCGCAGCCUGAUCACAAACCGCGGCGAGUGGCAGUCGGAGCAGCAGGACACCAUGAAGGACGGGCGUUCCACCAACAACAACGAGGAGGAGAAGUCCCGUCUCCUGGAGAAGGAGAACCGGGAGCUGGAGAAGAUCAUCGCUGAGAAGGAGGAACGCUUCUCCGAGCUCCGCCAGCAGCUCCAGGACCGCCAGCAGCUCCGUUCCCGUCGCCGUACGUCCCACCCGAGUGGCGACGCCGAUAACCACGUGGCGCCGGGGGCCGAGGUGGCGGCGGGGAGACCACCUACGCCCGCCCCCUUCUACCCCCCCAAUCUGCCGCUGGUGCGCUGCCUCGUGUCCGAGCAGGCCGAGCGCCUCGGCCGCGGCAACUGCGACGGCAGCCGCGUCCACCUGCUCUACAAAGUGACCCCCCCGGGGGAGGCGUGGCUAGGGGAAAAAGGGGCGUGGCGAGGGGGAAAGGGGCGUGGCGAGGGGGAAAGGGGCGUGGGCGAGGGGGAAAGGGGGCGUGGCGAGGGGGAAAUAGGGUUUGUAGUGAAUGGAAAGGGGGCAUGGCUAGUGAAAAAUGGGCGUGGUAGUGGGAAGGGGGCGUGGCUAAUGGGAAAGGGGCGUGGCUAG